GGGGGAGAAACAGCGCACACUAAUGAACACUGAAGUGCCUGGGAAGGUGAAUACUCGGCGAGGAAAAUCCUAUCCUAAUCCACGGAUCACCCAGUGGGUUAAGCCCAGAGGGAUCAUGUGGGUUCUGGAGAAGAUUCGGGACUCAGUUGAAACAAAUGUGCUCCGGCAAGGAGAGGCAGGUGAUAAACAGGGCAAGGCGCCUGUGUAUAGCAACGUUCUCACACCUGAUAAGAUCCCAGAUUUCUUUAUCCCCCCAAAGCUGGUAAGCUGCCCACCAGAGCCUGAGGCAUCUGACAUCAAGUCCAAAGAAAGUUUGCGACCCUCAACAUCGGAGCAAACCAUCAGCAACAAAAAGAUCAGCAGCCCUCGUAGCCCACGAUUGGUCAGCAAGUUGGCUGGAGACACCAAAAACUUACUGAGGGCUGCUAACCGUCAUAUCAUUCAGAUCGAGAGUGCAGAUGAUGUCGUUGCUGGUGAUACCAAUGCGGACCCUCAAUCUCAGACCGCAAUGUCACUGCCAUACAUUCCAAAGACUCAGACGUCAUACGGCUUUGCCACGUUAAUGGAGAGUCCCCACACCCGGCGGAAAGAAUCCCUGUUCCACUGUGACCACACCAGCCCAGUAACCUCACCCAACACCCAACGCAAGUCCCAAAGCAAGUGCAGCAAUGAGGGGAACCACCUCAAUCCUCCAGACUUUAACACCUCUCACAUAAACCCCUACCGUUACUUCAGUGGUGGUGAGAGCGACACUUGCUCUUCAGCAGAAUCCUCCCCAUUCAGUUCGCCCUUGCUCUCUCGUUCUGCAUCUUUUCUGAAGAUCUUCACCCAUGACACGCAAGCCAAGGUUGCGAAAGGCAAGAGGACAUUCGCCAGACAUAGUUCCCUGUCUACGGAUGAAUGCAGCUCCGCGGAACCAAGCCCUAAUGUUCCUAGACGAAGCCACUGUUCCUCCUUGCAAGGUGGUGGAGUUCUGGAACAUCUGCAUGGUGCCGACCGUCAACACAAGGAACACACUAUCAACAUGCACAAAGGAGGCACCGUCCGGCUUUGCUCAGACUACGACGCAGGUACGGCACGCUUGCGAAUCCGCAUAAUGGCAGCUGAGGACUUGUAUGACCCUAUAUUUGAUAUAAAGAGCAUCAACUGCUGCGUGUCGCUCUACCUUAAUCCAGGCAAGUUGCAAAAACAAAGGAGUACGAUUAUAAAGAAUAGCCGCAAUCCUGUCUUCAACGAGGACUUCUUUUUUGAUUCGGUGACUUCGGCUCAGGUAAAAAUUUUAGCUCUGAAGAUCAAGGUCGUGAAUAAAGGAACUAGCCUGAAAAGAGACUCUCUGUUAGGAGAGCGAGAAGUUGCUUUGUGCAAGAUGUUGUCGGGAUGUUAGGCCUUCAACGCAGCCUACAACUGGACUUCAAAGGUGGAAUAAUGUCCUCUUUAAUAGAUAUUCGCUUCUUUGUCUUUCAUGUAGCCUGACACAGUGCUUGAUUUAGUAUUCAGAAAUGACAAUAACAACCACCUGCUUAAGAUCAAAGUAUUUGCAUAGCUCUGAAUUUGUUGCUGGUAAAUAUAAGUAUUUUUGUAUUUCUUCUGUAUUUAUGUUGAUCUACACGUUGAGACUAAUUAAGACGGAGCGUUUACCUUUUUGAUUGUAAAGACGUUUUUUUUCCACAAAGCCGCAGUCCUUUGAAGCUACACAAUGGCCCUCUCUGCUAAUGUUAACUUUGAUCCUGGAUGCAUCAGCUGGCUAAUUUGGAGGAUAAAUAUCCAGACUGAAGAAUUGUGUGUCAGACAUUGGCAUAAAUUCUAAAUGCGAUGACAACAAUGUGCAGAAUGUCAUUUGGUGAAACCCAGAAGCCUUACUAAUGAGAAGACGGAUUUUGCAUGAAUAGAUUUGCUCACAGUGUACCAUUGUUUAAUUGAGAAUAUAAUUUAGAAGAAUUCUGUAUUUUUUGAAAAUCGUCAUUUGAAUUGAGUGUUCUGGUUGGGACUCUUUGUCAAGAGCCUUUUAUGAAAAAGGAUCCAUAUUAAAAACCUUUUUUUGAAAGGCUUUCCAUGCACAUUACAUACCCAGAGGAAGGUACCAAAUGAAUUGUCGUUGUGGGUUGUAAUAUGAAGAUUAAACUGUUAUGCCAAUCCACACCAAAUUCCACCAGUAGCUAAAGAUGAUCUUGUUUACAGUUUAUGUCGACCGCAAGUCAUCAUUUAAAAUGUACUUUUAAACCAGCUGGCAUUCUGCAAAGUUUUAGGUAAAAUUCAUAUGGAAAAGAAAUUUGAGUAUACAUACUGCUUUUGUCAUUAUGCAAAUGAUUGAUCUGAAGUGAUAGCUCUGUACCAAAACCUACAGUAGUGAGCUUCAUCGAUGUCUAAUGCCUACAUAGGCAGCUGCCUGCUAAAGGCUAAGGUACACAUAUUUUUUCCGUGUGCUAUUAUGUCUUUCGCACGGUCAAGCGCUCAGUCUGUCAAAGUAUACUCUUUUGACUGUAAGCCUAUACAGAGGCAUUCGACACAUGCAGACUUUGACUGGUUUGUGAUACUCAUUUAGUAGUCUAUGGCAGGCACAUGAGCCUUCGAAGUGCUCAGAUGUGGACUGUCUAGGCAUCAAGAAAAAAAUAGCCUGCACGUGGACAGUCUGCGUAUAGUGCCGAUGACAAAAUUUGCAUUAUGCGCACUGUGUGUGAGACCUACUCUACCAGCGCACGGAUAACCGAAGUAUACUUAGACCUUAAUGCAGCAUUGUAACGAAAAUGAAAUCUCAUAAGUCACUGACUUGGACUCUGCAUAGACAGCAACUCCACAUAUUAUACAAUAAUGUGCUCCACACAGGAGAUUCAACUCGUGUUUGAUUCCAAUAAAGUUUGUCGUUAGCAUGUUGCUAGGCUAACGGCGUGAUGCUCUAAUAAACAUCAAAUUAUAUAGGACACAAAAUAUUGGUAACAAUGCAUGUUUAAUUAGAUUGGAGUAAUUUGUAUUGAGACUUUUUGCUAUGGAAAUAAAGCAAAUAGCACCAUGGUCCUGGAGGAACGUUGUCUCGUUUUGCUGUGUACUGUACUAACUGUAUAUGGUUGAAACGACAAUAAAAACCACUUGACUUGACUUGACUUGAAAUUAAGUAUAUUUGUAAUCAACAUUUAUUUUUCUUCGCCAUCUUGGAUUUAUUGUUUCACUGCAUAAAUGUCCACAUCGAUCCAUCUGUGCUGUUUUUGUAAUAGUUUUUCUAUGUAAACAUGAGGUCUUUAACCACUGUGCCGCGUCUUGCUGUUUUUUCAGCAUCUCGUGCAGGAGCGCCACUUUUUUAGAUCCUGUGUCAGUUAACUUCAACUUGUCGCGAAACAACUGUUCCAUUUGUUGCGAUUCGUUUAGCUUUUUUAGACGAAAGGACACAUUCAGUGUAAACAGCCCCUUAAGAGGCAGCAUAAUUUUGGUGUCUACAUUUUAGAUCAGCCUUCAUGUCAACAGUGCAUCUAUGAUGCCUUAAAAUGCUGCCUAUGGAGGCAGCACACUAGAAUUUGGAACAGAGCAUAAGUGGUAAAUCUACAGACAGAAAAUUGUUUGAAAUAUGAUGCAAAUAUGAUAAAGGAUGGACAGAUGGAUGUUGCAUUUCUGGCCAGAGUGGUUGUUAUUUUUAAAAUGUAAAAAAAAACAAAGGCAAAGAUGGCCCGAUUGAUUCCUAUGAAUAGCUGAUUAGUUACACAAGUGAUUCAAGUGAUGAACAUGAUCGUUUUUACAUUUCUGAUCUGUGGAUUGUGCUGUACUUACUGGUUGCAAAAACACACAAGGAUUUUCAUUUAUAUUCAAGUGUUACAAUAUGUCUUUCAUUUCCAAAACCACUCUAAUGCUGGAGUCUUCCUGUUUUAACAGGUGUAUUUUGUAAAAGUGCCAAUCCUAUGUACUUGAUGUAGAAGUAUGACCUGUUUCGUGCUGGAUUCCGUUAACUCUGUUGAUUGUAACUUGUGUGCAUGGAUAAUAUUUUCACUAUGGUAAGAUGGUAACCUCUUAUACUUUUUAAGUGUGAUCUGUUUGAUGGAGAUUUCAAUGUACUUUGUUUUGUUUUCUGCAUGAAUAUUCAACUGGUGUAUUUGUAUUUUAGAUGGACAAUUGGGGGUUCAGGUUUGGGGCUUUAAUCUGGAGCACUUUUGCAAAUUAUGAAAAAAAUAAAAACAACUUUUGU